AUGAAUAACAUGCCAUUUAAUGACGACGAAAUGGGCAAUGUCGACCCUUACUCAGACGGUUACGGAUACAACACACCGCAGCCUUAUGACGAGUUGCAGUAUAAUCAGCCCGGACCUGUGGACCCGGACUACAUGGUCGAAGCCGCCAGUCCCCGAGGAGAGGCGCAUACUCCAUUCGUAGGAUUCUUCAGCUCUAAAUUAUUGAGGUCGGGAUUCACGCUGCAGACGGUUUCCCUGUCCCUGAUGUUCGUGUUCUACUGGGCCUUCGGAGGCACGGGAGUGUUCGUCUUCGACCUUUACGCAGCUCCGGAGAGUGUCAAAGUGUCAAAGCCGUUCCAUUUGACCGUGUCAGCGCUGAUGGGCCUGUACCUGCUGGGCACUCUGUACAUCGCCAUGUUCCAAGUUUUCGUUACCGAUAACUCAAAGUCCGUUAGAGGAUUCAGGGCAGGCUCGAAAAUUCUGUCAGCAGCGGUCACGCUCGACCUGCUCUCGAACAUGCUGAGGCUCGUCGAGUACCUCUACGCGUACUUUUACAUGAGCAUGAAGUGGUGGACCAAGUACCAGCAGACCAAGUCGGACUGGAUUUUCUUCCAGUUCGGGAGCUUCACAAACAGCUUUGCGCUGGUCAUGUACGGAGCCGCUCUGUUCUACUUGGAGGCCUACCAUGACGAGGGCACUUCCGAGGAGGUAGCAUGGACCAACCUUUCCCUCUUCUUCCUGGCCGGACUCGCCGAGCUUCUAAUGGUUUUCACCGGCUACGGUGCUCUCUUCAGUCUGUUUUUGCUUCUCGCCAACUUCAGCGGAACUCUCUGGGCAUUCUCUUUCGAGCCUCUGCUGGGCAAGUGGGCUCCAUCUCUGCACUCUAGGGACGUGAACGCUGACUUUGUGAACGACGACACGGUCGUUACUGAGCCCUACACGCAGUUUUACCCUGGUCAAAACGAGGUCAACCCCUACUUGAACAUGAGUUCGUACCCCAACGAACAAAGCUUCGUUCAAUACCCAAACCCUAGCUUCCCCAACGACCCUAACGUGGUAUACCCGAAUCAGCAAGGCGCCUUCGAGUACCAGGGGAACUUUGCGAACAACUACGAGUUAGACCCGAAGGCCUACGUCCAGUACACCCAGGGCAGCUUACCUCACUAUCAAAACUCCGGAAACUUGGUGGCGCCCGCCUACGUGGCUUAG